AUUCACUGGUGCAGUCAACCCAGUUCUUAGACAUAGAGCAGCCUUCUUUUUCAAAACAUGACUUCCUUCGGCUUUGACCCUUACUUCCCUUCUACUUACAAGAAGAGAGUAGCUGUGCGCAGUGCAGGAUACGGAGCUGGUGGAGGAAUAGGAUCUAGGUAUGCCUACUCCAGCCACUCUGCCCCAAUAACUUCCUAUGCAUCUUCACGCAGAAGUUAUCCAACACACACCCGAGCUACUUCCAGCUACUCCUCUGUGCUUUCUGCUCCAGUGUCUGCAGCUGCUACUGAGCUACGCCUUGACCAAGCAGCCCAGGUCAGCUCUGAGUUCAAAUCAAUAAGGACCAAGGAGAAGGCUGAGCUGCAGGAACUGAAUGAUCGCUUUGCAAGCUUCAUUGAGAGGGUCCAUGAACUGGAGCAGCAGAACAAGUUGCUGGAUACUGAACUCCUGCUGCUCAGGCAGAGGCAAACAGAGCCAUCCAACCUUCGGGCCCUGUAUGAGCAUGAGAUCCGCCAGCUCCAAGCUGCUGUAGAAGAGGCCCGCCAUGAGAGGCAAGCAGCCCAGGACCACAGGGAUGAGAUGGAGGAUGUGUUGAGAAACCUGCAAAAGCGCUAUGAGGACGAAGUGCUCGGCAGACAGGAAGCAGAGGGCAGACUCAUGGAUGCCAGGAAGGGAGCAGAUGAAGCUGCACUGGGCCGGGCUGAGCUUGAGAAAAGAGUUGGGACCCUGCUGGAUGAGAUGGCCUUUCUGAAGCGCCUCUGUAUGAGUGAGAUUGCUGAGCUGCAGGCCCAAAUACAGUACAGCGCAGAGGUGUUUGUGGAGAUGGAGGUUGCCAAACCCGACCUAUCCGCUUCUCUACGUGACAUCAGAGUCCAGUAUGAGAAGCUUGCCCAACAAAACCUUCAAUCAGCCGAAGAAUGGUUCUGCAACAAGAUGAAUGUGAUGACAGCAGGCACUACUCGCAACACAGAGAGUGUACGUAAUGCCAAAGAUGAGGCUGGAGAAUACCGUCGGCUCCUCAGUGCCAGGAUGCUGGAGAUUGAUGCCUGCCGUGAGAUGAAUCAAGCCCUGGAAAACCAACUACAGGAAGUAGAGGAGAAACAGAGUGCAGAAAUCUCCGCACUGCAGGAUACAAUAAGUCAACUGGAGGAAGAGUUGAGGGCCAACAAGAAUGACAUGGCUCGCUACUUGAAAGAUUAUCAGGACCUCUUGAAUGUGAAGAUGGCCUUGGAAAUUGAAAUUGCAGCCUACAGGAAGCUCCUUGAAGGAGAAGAGAACCGUUUCAAUGUGGUGAGACUGGGGUCUGUCACUGCUUACUCCCAGGCCAUGUACGCUCCUCCAUCUUACGGAAGAACACAGGUCUCCAUGCAGUCUCAGCUGAGCUCUGCAGCUCCGUAUCUGCUGAGCUCCCGCUUGUAUACUUCAUCACUGUCCACAGAGGAGACAGUAUCCGCAAGCCAAGCACAGCAGGCGGAGGCCAGCCCUCCUAAAGAGGAGGAGGAAGAGCAGGAAGAAGAGGAAGAGAAGGAGGACGAAGAGGAGCAGCAGGGAGAAGAGAAGGAGGGUGAGGAAGAGGGAGAAGAGGGGGGGGAAGAGGAGGAUGCGGAGGUAGAAGAAAAGGAGAAAGAAGAACCAUUAGAGGAAGAGGAAGAAGCAGAUGGUGAAGAGGGUGAGGCAGAGGAUGGAGAAAAAGAAGAUGAGGAAGAAGGAGGAGAGGAGAGCCAACCUCAAGAAGAGGAGGACGCUGAGCAGAAAGAGGAAGAGGGUGAUGGUGCGGGUGAGAAGGGGGAGGAAGAAACUGAAAAACAAGAGGAGGUGGAGUCUGAGGAGAAAAAUGGGGAAAAAUAAAAAAGUUUAAAUUUAAAUGCUUUAAAACUACCUGCUAGCAUUGUAGCUGAAGGAUGUCUUCUCUGGUGCUCUACAUGUACAGAGAUAUAUCUCUAAUUCAGACCAAAUAAAAAUCUAUUGAAAUCAGAAGACAACAUGUUGAUGAACAAAAUAUUCUGUGUGAUCAACUUGAGAACUUGAGUGACCCGCAGCAUGAAUAUGCACACUGUACAAGCAAAGAAAUGAAACAAUAUAAAAGCAAAUCAAUAAAUUGAUGAAGACAGGAUGUGACAAAUGUCUGGAGUAGAAAUUCUGCUUUGUGAAGAUUUGUUUGCAAACACCUGUGUGCUUUACUCUCACCGAUACAUGCCUGUACAAUUGUCUGAAUGUGCAAUACCCAGUCUGAAAUGCCUUACUUCAAGUCCUCACUGAGUGCUUUAAAUCCAUGCUGUGCUGCAUUGAACUCCAAUAAAGCCUUGACACCUUGACAACAUA